AUGGCUAUCGGUGAAAUCGUCUCUGACGAGUCGCUGCUGCCCGUGCUCGGCACCAGCGCAGAGACUUUGGCUCAAUGCCAGCAGCUGAUCGCAUUGUUGAAUCCCGACAACAGCCCGUCCGAUCCCGCGGGUCUCAAAGAGCUGUCCUUGGCCGUGUCCAAGCAGCAGAAGAUUCUCUUUGCUCGACUUGCUCAACUCCGCGGCCAGAACCGAGAUGCCAUCUUUCGCGUCCGUGACACAAAAUAUGCCACUGCGGAGGCUCGCCAGGAGAUCGACCGACUGCAUCUACAACUGCAGAACUUGUACUACGAGCAGAAGCACCUUACAGGCGAGAUCGCUGCCUGCGAGUCUUAUGACCACAAAUAUCUUUCGCUGCCUCUGAUCCCCGUGGAUGAAUUUCUGGAACUGUUCCCCGAGCAUCGCGAAUCCAAUGAACACGACCUCAUGAUCGCGCGUAUCAACCACGAACAUGCCGAACGGGAGAAACUCGAGCAGGCUCGUCAAGAGCUCCUGAAGCGCAAGCAAGCGUUGAUCGCAGAAAAUAAGAAACGCAAGGAUGAUUUGGCUAAUCUGGAUCAGGAUUUAGAGAAGUUCAUCGAUGCGGCCAAACCAAUUCAAAAGAUCUUCGAAAAGGAAUACUGA